AUGUCCUCUGAAAAUACGCCCUUGGUGGCUCCCGCAGCCAUCACCGACCAGACCAAUAAACUCCCCCAUGUCGUCAAGCUGACCUUGAGGUCUUCCCCUAUCAACUUCCUUCUGUUUUUCGUUCCCCUGGGUUAUCUAGCAGACUGGCUCCAGUGGAAAGCCUCGCUGGUCUUUUCCUUCAACUUCCUGGCCAUCAUCCCGUUGGCGUCCGUCCUGGCCUACGCCACGGAAGAAUUGGGGGAAGCGAUCCACAACGACUCGAUCGCAGGACUGCUCAACGCUACGUUCGGAAACGCGGUUGAAGUCAUUGUCAGUGUUAUCGCGUUGAGCCAGAACCAAAUCACAGUGGUCCAGGCCUCUAUGUUGGGCUCCAUCCUCUCGAACUUGCUCCUUGUGCUGGGCUGUUGCUUCGUGGCAGGAGGCAUCUGGUAUCCUCAGCAGUCUUUCAACCAGACAGUUGCUCAGACCAUGAGCUCGCUGCUGGCGCUCUCAAUGAGCGGACUGCUGCUUCCGGCAGCGUUCCAUGCGUCACUGCCGUCCAAAACAAAGGAUCUAGAGUCGAAAAUUCUCGAAUUCUCCAGAGGAACCUCUGUGCUUCUGCUUAUCGUGUACUGCUUCUACCUUUACUUCCAGCUGAAAACUCACAAAUUUCUGUUUGAGCAGGUUCUGGAGCCAAGUGACGAGGAACAACAGCUCCCUAUAGAUGAGACCACCAGUAAUGCCACGCUGGACUCUCAGGACACUGCCCACCCAAGAAGAGGAUUUCUGGUGAGCAGACCAAAAUCUCUGUUAGAGGUGGGCCCGGGACCCCAGCCAAAACACAUUGGCACGGUUGCCUCGGUGGCCGUGCUGCUCGUCACCACCGUUCUCGUGUCGUUCUCCGCCGACUCCCUUGUGUCUUCUAUCGACGAAAUUGUCGAGAGCUCCGGUCUUUCCAAGACUUUCAUUGGUCUGAUCGUCAUUCCUAUCGUUGGUAAUGCGGCAGAGCACGUCACUGCCGUGGUGGUGGCUUACAAAAACAAAAUGGACCUUGCUGUCGGCGUUGCCGUGGGCUCGUCGAUUCAGAUCUCGCUGUUUGUCACUCCCUUUCUGGUGCUGAUAGGCUGGAUAUUCGAUGUUCCGAUGUCGCUGUACUUCUCCACCUACGAGACCGCAGUCAUGUUUGUCGCCGUUCUGAUCACAAACUACCUGAUUCUGGAUGGCGAAUCAAACUGGCUUGAGGGUGUCAUGUUGGUCAGCACCUAUCUGAUCAUCGCCAUCUCCUUCUUCUUCUACCCAGACACACUGGCUCAGUGA